AUGAAGGCAUCGACUGUUGUUGCCGUGCUGGCGCCUUCAGCCGCCUCCGCGCAGUGGUGGAGAGGUGCCCCUGGGUGUGCUCAAUCCUGCCUCUCCUCCGCCUGGUCCACCCUCACCUCCUCCCCCACCUCCACCGUAACCAUCACCGCCGCAUCCAGCGACUGGCCCGCCCAAUCCGCCUACUGCGACGCCUCCGGCCCCGGCCCCAGCGUCGGCUCCUGCAUCUCCUCCGCCUGCGCCGCCUCCUCCUCCGCCACCGCCUACGAGUCCUACUCCUCCCUCUCCUCCUCCCUCUGCUCCCGCUACGCGGAGUGCACGUCCGCGGGCAGCACCGGCCUGCGCACCGUCACGCUGAGCGCGGGCCCCGUCACGUGGGCCGCGCCGGGGGGGUGGGGGUCGAGGUUUGGCAGUGGGGCUGGGGGACGAGGCGGCGGGCCGGGAUGGGGGGGCAACGGAGGGGGGGCCAAUGCGUCGGGGGACGCGUACAGCGAGUACUGGAGCGAGUGGGCGUCGGCGUACAGCGGGUCGCAGACGUGGACGGGCGGGGUGGCGACGGUGACGGGCUGCGCGUUCGACGGGUCGCCCUGGUUCGUGGGGCCCGGGUGCGGGUGGAACGGGCUGGGCGGGUUCGACGGCUGGGUCGGGUGGGGCUCGGGGUGGAGCUGGGGGCCGACGACGACGCAGACCGUCACGUUCACGACGACGGACACGGCGGGCGCGACGACGACGGCGACGGGGUUGGCGGCUGUGGCGCUCGCGGUCAGCGGCACGCUGACGACGAGCACGACGCUUGGCGCGCCGACUGCGACGUCUGGGGAUGAGAGUGCGGCGGGGAGGGUUGCGGCGCCCGGUGGUGGGGGUGCUGGGUAUGUUGGUGGAAGGGGUGCGGGAGGGUCGGCGGUCACGGGGUUGAUGGGGUUGGCGCUUGCGAGUGUGCUGGUUAUUGCUGGUAUGCUGUAA